AUGUAUUUCCCGAAUUUACAUUUCCUUCUCGCGCCCUUUCUCUAUAAUGUCGUGGUCUCCGCUGGUCAAGCCUCCGCCGCAGACGAUAUAUCUGUCCUGACCACAGAGACAGCGAAGGCCAACAACGACUCAUUAUUAUGGGGUCCCUACAAGUCCAAUCUCUACUUUGGUGUUCGCCCUCGCAUUGCAAAUAGUCUGUCCGCUGGGUUGAUGUGGGCGAAGGUGGACAAUUACGGCACCGCGCAAGCCAACUUCAGACAUACUUGCGAGCAAAAUGAAGGCAUGGCUGGCUAUGGCUGGGACGAGUACGAUAUCAGAAAAGGCGGGCGGCAGACAAUCCAUGACACCGGAAACUCCUUGGACUUGACAAUCGACUUUAUUAAGGUCCCUGGUGGACAACAUGGCGGCAGCUGGGCUGCCAGAGUGAGAGGUGUCCCUCGCGAAGAUGGUUCCCCAGACCAACCUACAUCAAUCGUCUUCUAUGCUACUUUGGAGGGGCUGGGAAACCUGGGUGUUGCGACGGAAUCGGGUCCUCUUGGGUAUGAGGGGGACGUGAAAUUGACAGGAUAUACGACCGAUCUUGGAGAUUUCUCCAUCGAUGUGACUGCUGGCCCUGAAACCAACGAACAUCCUGAACAUGAGCACCCGUCCUACGAAGACAAGCCGCUGGAUCGCACUCUGGUUUCCAGCUCUACCAUUGCACCUGAAAACCUCUGGCAGGCAAAGGCCAUUCUUUUCGCGCAGAUGAAGUCCGAAGUCAAUGAGAUUAUACAGAAAUUUGGCCAGGAGAAUCCUCCCCCACCAGCGCAAGUCUUUACGAUCAAGAACGCGCCUGGCGACGGGAACAUCCACCUCCUUCAGAAGGUGUUCAAGGGUGCUUUUGAGUUCGAUAUCCUGUUCAAUUCUGUGUCUUCUCCAGAUCCCGUGACGUCCGACAAACUCACCGAAGAGAUCUCCAGCGCUUCUCAAUCAUUCUCUGACCGCUUCGACACAGUCCUUCCACCGCAGUCUCCCUUUGAGACUGCAGAGUACUCUGAGUUCUCCAAAGCAAUGCUGUCGAAUCUCAUUGGCGGCAUUGGCUUUUUCCAUGGAGAUGAUGUUGUUGACCGCUCUGCAGCACCAGAGUACGACGAAGAAAACGAAGGCUUCUGGGAAGAGACGGCCGAGGCGAGGGCGCGAGCUCAACCUGUUCUUGAAGGGCCCAAGGACCUCUUCACUUGUGUCCCAUCUCGCCCGUUUUUCCCCAGGGGUUUUCUUUGGGAUGAGGGAUUCCACCUGAUCCCUGUAAUUGAAUGGGACACUGACCUUGCGCUCGAAAUUGUGAAGAGCUGGCUGAAUCUGAUGGAUGAGGAUGGCUGGAUUGCUCGAGAGCAAAUCCUUGGUGCCGAGGCCCGUAGCAAGGUGCCACCAGAAUUUACGGUUCAGUAUCCUCAUUACGCCAACCCGCCGACUCUGUUCAUGGUACUGGAGGCUUUUCUGGAUAAGCUGGAGGCUAGCAAGGACGCCUCUUCUCUGAAAUUGGACGUGCUGGACGGUCUGCGCAUGACCUAUCUGCAAAACCCGGAGCUGGGCGAGGCAUUUAUCCGUUCGAUCUAUCCACUGCUCAGGCGGCACUACUUUUGGUACAGGACUACCCAAAAAGGAGACGUCAAGUCGUACGAUCGGGAAGCAUUUUCCACGAAAGAAGCAUACCGCUGGCGAGGAAGGUCCGUCCAGCAUAUUCUCACUUCGGGACUGGAUGAUUAUCCUCGCCCACAGCCUCCCCACCCAGGCGAGCUGCAUGUCGAUUUGAUUAGCUGGAUGGGAAUGAUGACUCGUGCCAUGCGACGUAUCGCCGAGUUUGUCGGCGAGACUGAGGAUGCGGAAGAAUUUAAAGUGUACGAAACGGCGAUUGAACGUAACAUCGACGAUCUCCAUUGGGAUGAUGAGGCGCAGACGUACUGCGAUGCCACCAUCGACGAAUACGAAGAAAGUGUCCAUGUUUGUCACAAGGGCUAUAUUUCCCUCUUCCCGUUCUUGACAGGCAUGCUGGGCCCUGAUAGUCCUCGACUCAAGGCUGUUCUGGAUUUAAUCAGAGAUCCGGAAGAGCUUUGGAGCGACUACGGUAUCCGCAGCUUGAGCAAGAAAGACGAGUUCUACGGUACUGCCGAGAACUAUUGGAGAAGCCCGAUAUGGAUGCCCAUCAACUAUUUGGUGGUCAAGAAUCUUUACGACAUUGCAACAACGCCUGGUCCUCGUCAAGAACAGGCACGUGAGAUGUACUCGAGCCUCCGGAAAAAUUUGGUCGAAAAUGUCUUCAGACAAUGGAAGGAGACAGGAUUUGCCUGGGAACAGUACAACCCUGAAACCGGAAAGGGGCAGCGGACGCAACACUUCACAGGUUGGACCAGCAUGGUGGUGAAGAUCAUGUCAAUGCCUGACCUGCCUGCCAACAAGGAGAGAGGCCAUGACGAGUUGUAG